AUGGUGUGCAGCGGCGUUUAUUUCCAGAUGUGCUACUCAGCGCCGUUUGCUGAAUGUCACAUACUCGCGAUUCAUGGCUCCGAGUCUGUGAUACCCCACGACCACCAGUGCCGAAAACAAAACACAGAGGAGCAGCUGGCUGCCCGCAAGCUAUUCGCCACGGCAGAGCAGCGACCCGCGGGCACUGCCUCGUCAGUCGCGGCCGCCAAGCACAAGAAGGAGCACAAGAAGGAGCUGUACCCCAUGGUCAACUGGAAAUAUGAUAUUCUACUGCACGUCAUGGGCAACGUCGCCGACCUCUUCUUCCGCGAGGUCGUCUCCCGCGGCUCCUGGAAGGUGCCACAGUCGGGGCCCAUCCUGUUUGUCGCUGCCCCUCACGCGAAUCAAUUUGUCGACGGUCUCAUCCUCCAGCGCACCCUCCGCAAGGAGGCCGGCCGCCGCGUCUCGCUCCUCAUUGCGCAAAAGUCGGUCCACGGCUUCAUCGGCUGGGCCUCGCGGCAAGUCUCCUCCGUACCCGUCGGCCGCGCCCAGGACGCCGCCAAGCCCGGCGCUGGCACCAUAUACAUGCCGGACCCCCUCGGCGACCCGGCGCUGAUCCGCGGCGUCGGCACCCACUUCGGCGCCGGAGAGGGCGAGGUCCAGGGCAUGCUGUUUCUCCCCUCGACGCAGGGCGUCAGCGGCGAGAGCAUGAACAUUGACGCCAUUCUCGGCCCCGAGGAGAUUCGCCUCAAGCGGCCGUUCAAGAGCCGGGUGGCGCUGCAGCAGCUCACCGGCCGCGACGACGUCGAUGACGACGGGCACUUCACCAACAAGAGCCUGCGCGGGCCGGCGCCCGGCUUCCGCGGCACCAAGUACAAGCUCGCGCCGCACACGGACCAGACGAGCGUCUACGAGGCCGUCUUUGAUCGUCUCCGCAACGGCGGCUGCGUCGGCAUCUUCCCCGAGGGUGGCUCCCACGACCGCACCGAACUGCUGCCGCUCAAGGCCGGCGUCGCCAUCAUGGCCCUCGGCGCCCUCGCCGAGUCCCCCACCUGCGGGCUGCGCAUCGUCCCCGUCGGCAUGAACUAUUUCCACGCGCACAAGUUUCGCUCCCGCGCCGUCGUCGAGUUUGGCACACCCUUUGAGAUUCCCCCGCACCUCGUUCACAUGUACCAAAACAAUCAGCGUCGCGAGGCCAUUGGCCAGCUGCUCGACACGGUGCACCAGGCGCUCAGCGCCGUCACCGUCUCGGCGCCCGACUACGACACCCUCAUGAUGAUUCAGGCUGCCCGUCGCCUCUACAACCCCACCGGCAAGAAGCUGCCGCUGCCCCUCGUCGUCGAGCUUAACCGCCGCCUGUCCAAGGGCUACGAGCGCUACAAGGACGACGAGCGCAUCACAGCCCUCUCCAAGAGCGUAAAGGAGUAUAAUGCCCGCCUGCGCUACCUCAACCUCAAGGACCACCAGCUCCAGUACGCCAAGCUUAACAUUCUCGUCGUCCUCGCCGUGCUGCUCUACCGCUCCGCCAAGCUCAUCCUGCUGUUCUUCUGCUCCCUUCCCGGUCUCAUCCUCUUCUCGCCCGUGUUCGUCGCCACGAAAAUCAUCAGCCGCGAAAAGGCCAAGACGGCCCUUGCCGGCUCCACCGUCAAGAUUCGCGGGCGCGACGUCAUGGCCACCUGGAAGAUUCUCGUCGCGCUCGGUCUCGCGCCCACCGUCUACCACAUCUACUCCAUCAUCAUCGUUACCCGCGUCUGGUACGACCGCUUCUGGGGCCUUGUCCCGGCGGCGCUCCCGCUGUGGCUCGUCUACCUCAUGGUGUGGCCCACCAUUAUCGGCAUCACCUUUGCGGCGCUGCGCUUUGGCGAGGUGGGCAUGGACAUUUUCAAGUCGCUCCGACCGCUCGUGCUGUGCGUGUUCCCCUCGUCCGGGUACAAUAUUCACCGCAUGCGCGAGCAGCGUGUCAAACUCAGCACGCAGGUCACCGAGGUGAUUAACGAGCUGGGCCCCGAGAUGUUUUCCGAUUUUGAAAAGACGCGGCUGGUGCCGGACGCCAAGAACGACGCCGCGGCCCCACCGACGCCCGGGGGCGAGGGCCGGCGCCGCGACAGCGAGGCCAGCAUCGACGUCUUUGUGGACCCGCCGGCGGACGGCGUAUCCUCGCGUACGCUGCCACGCAACGACUCUUUUAGCAACAUUGGCCACGUGGGCAUCUUCUCGACACGGCCUCCGUCGCGGUCGCGCAGCCGCUCGCGGUCGAGCAGCGCAGGCGGCGGCCUGGGCCAGAGCGCGUUCCCCAUCAGUGGCUUCACGACGCUCGACUCGGCCGGGGGAUUUAACGAGGCGACCCGCAAGAUCCGGCAGGCCAUGAAGGACCGCCGGCGCAAAUCGGACAAGCUUCGGAUGGAGACGGGCGGCGAGGAGCAGGACGAGGACAGCGAUGACGAGGGCUAUGAUGAGGCGAGAAAGAAGGACAUUUGA